AAGAAAUUAAAUUGCCCAAAGUACUGCUCUGCUUUUCAAGUUCCGUUCUCAUACUUUUAAGUUCUACUUGUUACUAAUCAAAUUUAUUAUCAAUUUGACGGACAUGAAGUGGCAAACGACUUAAAAAAAAUAAAUGUUCGAGUACCACCCUGGAAGUUUAUAUUCUAUUUUUAGAUAAAAAUAGCUUGGAAUAUCCAUUAAAUAGAAAAAAAAAAUAACAAAAUUUAAAGUACAGUACCCUUUCAACUCCGCCUCUGUCCUUGCCACCCUCGCCAUAUAAAUGUACUGUUUUACGUGCAAUGAAAUAUGCGCAGUAAUUUUUUUUUGGUUAAUUAAAAACUAUUUGAUUGCAACAUUCCAUAAAAUUCUAAAUACUCUCCUGAAAAAUGAGAAUUUCCCUCUGAAAAAGAAAUUCAAAGAAAUCCUAGUACCGCUCUGCCCUUUAAGAUCUGUCUUUAUACGCCCAUGCAGGUGCAAUCUAAAGCAACAGGACCGCCCUUGAAUAUUUAAAUAAUUAAUUGGUACUUUUAAAAAUGUUAGUUAACUUUUUACUAUCGCUAAUACGCUUUUAAUUUAACUUUUAUCGUAUCUGCGUGUAAAUUGGUAAAAAAUUACCCCAAUUUAGUUUAUAAAAAAAAAAUGUCGCAAUAUACCGUCGAUAUGCUUUGCAAGAUGUACUAUUUUUGUACAAUUUUGGCCAUAAUCUGUGCCCACGCGUCUGCGCAAAUCGGUUGUCCAAAGUGCGAUCCAGCCAAGUGUAAACAUGUGUAUAGAUGCCCUCGUCAUUUGGUGCUGGGCGUAGCCAAUUGUGGUUGUUGCACUUCAUGUGUUAUACCCGAAGGUGGAAGUUGCUUCACUACACCUACAGGAUAUCGUGAAGGUGCGUGUGAGCAGGGCCUCACGUGCUGCGAAGGCAAGUGUAUGUUAAUAUGUAAACCUGAUAAUUAAUUAUUAUUAAACAUUUUAAUUGAA